CGAGCUCACGUUUUGUUAGACAUGCGAUAAACGUUUUGAGGUUAUUUAAGUUAACCGAUGAUUUAAUAAAUGUUUUUGGUGAUAAACUAUUAUAAUAUUUGAAAUAUUGUUAAACAUUUUGUAAAUAUACAAAUAUGACACGUUUUGCUCGAGCUGAUGGUUCUAAGGCUUCUAAUAAACGUGUUCCAGAAGAAGCAUCUUCUUGGAUUGAUAUGAAGCAACAAUUAAAUAAUAAUAAAAGUCAAUCUCCUGCAAAAAAUAGUCUUGAUGCUCAUACUGGACAAAAAAAUGGUAGUAAUUGUUCAAAAACUUCUGAAUCUAAAGAAAAAACAGAGUGGUGUGCUUUUUCAGAUGAUGAUGAUGAAAGUAACAGCAAAAGUAAAAAACAAGGUUCAUUGUCAAAGGUGAAUAAAGGAAAAAUUGCCAAAAAGAAAGUUGGUAAACAGAAAAAAAACUAUGUUUUAUUGAAACCACAAAAUUCUGGUUCAGAAAAUGACAGUGACGAAGCUCCCGAAGAAGUAUCUAUUAAGAAGACUGAUGAUUCAAAUAUUAAAAAGAAAACAAUUAAGAAUGGAAAUAUUAAUAAAAGUGAAAGCAAUAAUAAAAAUAAUAGCCCAGCAAAAGGAAAUGAUGGAAAUAAAUCUCAAAUAUUGUAUAAUAAGAAAGGUUUACCAUAUAAGAAAAAGCUGGCAAAAGUUCGUGAUAAUCAAGAACAUAAAAGUAGAAAACCUAAUAGAGAAAUUGAAAAGAUAUUUUCGAAUGGAAAAUUUAUUGAAGUUAUAAAAUAUGAUGGCUUUCCAGUCAUGAAAGAGGAUUUUGAGAGGCUAGUGGCUUUGAGAAAAUCUCUUAUUUCAAAAGGUAUACCGAAAAGUGAAGUAAAAACAACAAUGUUAAAAGAACGACGUAGAGCAGAAAAGGCAUUUGCUCGAGAAAAGAAGAAGGUUUGUUUUCAAUGCAGAAAAUCUGGUCAUGUUCUAUCGGAGUGCCCUGAACUAGGACAAACAUCAUCUGGCGUAGAAACUGCAGGUACUGGAAUAUGUUUUAAGUGUGGGAGUACUGAACAUACAUAUUUUCAAUGCAAAGUCGUACAUACACAAGAGUUCAAGUUUGCUGAGUGUUUCAUUUGUAAAGAAAAGGGUCAUAUAGCACGACAAUGUCCUGAUAAUCCUAGAGGUCUGUAUCCUAAGGGUGGUGGAUGCAGAAUAUGUGGCAGUGUAACACAUUUGAAGAAAGAUUGCCCACAAAAUCAACAAGAAAAUGAAGAAAGAGCUAUUACUCUUUCAACGAAUGCCUCUAGUAUAGAAGGUUUGGAAAAUGAUGCAAAGCCUAUUUCUAAUGCAUCGAAAACAAAUAAAAAUAUCAUUAAAUUUUAAAUAUAUAAAAAUUUAUUUAUUGAUAUUUAUCUUAAU